AUGCUGACCCUCUUGAAGCUCGCCUCGUCGCGGCUCGAGAUCUCGACAUUCCAGCACACGACGAAAAGCGUACCUCCGUCCCAACCCUCCUCCCACCUCACCCAACAAUCUCACGAAACGACUCUCGAUGCGACCAAGAAACUCAUGCACGGCUUCACGGAGGAGGAAGCGGCGACUGCCGCGGGAUCCGUCGAAGACGAAUCAGAGAGACCAUGA